AUGGCAUUACUCCUGCAGCCCCCUCGUCUGAGCGUGGCACUUCAUCGUCCCGGCGCCGCCCAAACUCGAAAGUUGGCAUUACCGGCUAAAUUUUCAGCUCCACGGAUUACAAUUUCAGUCCCUCGGCUGCCGUUUGCGGCUACAGUUGAAGCCCCAACCGCUCCUCAACCCGCUUCCGUUCGGCGGCCCGCCCUCUACCUUCUGCACCGGCACCUGCCGCGCAGCACCGACGGACAGGAUGGCAGUGCCUCCCAACAGCAUCUCCACCAGCUGCAUGACGACCUGAAAGUGAUGGAGAAGGUGGCGAAGCGAGCGGCAUGGUUCUCCACCAUAGAGGCUAGCGACGGCGAGCACGUGCUGCUCUUGACGGAUUGCGCCAAGCUGGGUCGCAAGUAUGGUCUGCAGACCAUGCCAGCAGAUGCAAGCAGCUUCACUCUUGACCUCCCAGGGCGCAGCGUGGUGGUGCCGCUUGCGGAGAUCUCCACAGGGAUGCAGGGCCAUAAGAGAGCGGAACACUCCCAAGAUGACGAGGAGGCUUCCUCCGAUGAGGAAGACCCUAUGGCUGUGGCGGGUGGGCAGGUGGCCGUCACCGAGAAGGAGGCACAGAAGGCUGCUAAGAAGAUGCGCAAGGAGGGCGCCAAGGCAGAGAAGAAGGCCAAGAAGGCAGCAGCAGGAGAGAGUGGAAAGGAUGGUGAAGACAGCGACGAGUCGGAUGAGGAAGAGGAAGAAGAGAAGGACAAAAAGAAGGCGGCAAAGGCUGAAAAGAAGAAGAAGGACAAGGAGGAGGAGGAGGAGGAGGAGGAGAAGAAAAAGAAGAAGAAGGACAAGAUGUUACAGAAGCAGGAGGAGAAGAAGUCCAUGAUGGCCAAGGAGACGGAUGAUGACUCGGAUGAGGAGGAAAGCAGUGGAAGUGAGAGUGAGAGUGAUGAGGGGGAGAAGUUGGGCUCUGCCAACAAGGCCGAGAUGAAGGCUGCGAAGGUGCCUGACGACAGUGGAAGUGAAUCCGAGGAAGAGGAGGAAGAUGGCAGUGAUGGGUCUUCAGGAGACGAGGAGGUCACAAUUCCUCAAGCCACGAUGGAGCCGCAGGCCAGGGAGGGUGCAGAGGGUCAGCCAUUGAUGGGCCAGGAGGACGACAGCGAGUCGGAGGACGAGAGCAGCUCGGAGUCGGAGUCUGAGUCGGAUGAGAGUGGCGUGGAUUCAGACGAGGAGGCGGCGAUGGGCAUGAAGCUCGUGGAGGUUGGUGAGAUCAAGCCCCUGGAGGCGUGACUAGGCGCGUGUAUGGCCAGGAAGACAUGAACACUUCAGUUCCGCUCUGCUGUAAGCCGCAUGAACGGCUACAGCUAGAGGGCAACCUAUGUAUAUAUUCCUAUUUAAGAAACUACCCAUACAUCUAUCUGGGGGCAAAUCCCCCACCGUUGGUGUAGCGUUGUGUUUGUUGCUGGUUGCGAUUGUGUUGCUGAGUCGAUGAUGGGAUAGGAUAGAGCUGUGGAGGUGAAAUUGGCAACCAAGUCGGUAAUAGCAUUUUAGUCAUUAAGACAGUCCAGCUGUUGCAGAUGAUGUUCAGAAUCUUAGCUGAUGCAUGUUCGGAUGGUGAUUUUGCUUCCUGGUGUAUGGUGUCCUAGAAGAAGAAAGGAAGGAGAGAGGAAAAGAGCAGCAAGACAUGUGUGUGCAACACGGCGCCCGAUAGGUAUUGGUGUCAGUAGAUGAUUGUGGAGCAAAGCUGCAUUUGCUGGAAAGUUGCGGUUAGUUUCCGCUCUAGCGCGUGGUGGAUUACUUGGUCUGCCUGGUUACCAUUGCAGUCAUGUUGUGGGCUGGAGCAGCCAGAACGGCCAGUCUGGCCCCGCGUGUAGUGUUUUUUUUCUUGGCUACUACAGCCAUUAUUGUGCUCGUGGGAACGAAGCCCAAUGCAGAGGCCCAAUGCAGAGGGGCUUUUUUUAACCCUAGCCUUCUACCCAGCCAUUCAGACAUGCUAGGUGAUUCGGUUGUUGAAGUCGGUUGAACGUUUUGGUGGCCUUUUUCUGUUCCUUUUCGUGUUGGCUGUGUAUCUUUUUGCGGAUCAAGGUCGGGUGUUGUUACCGGUCUGCAGGAAGGUGUAGUGGCGCCUACUGUCAGGUGCCCUCACCCUGGUGGUUAUGUCUCGUACUGCCAGCUGUACAGCAGGCGAUGGAGUUCCGUACAUCCUCGCUUGGCAUGCUCUUGCUGAAUAAAAGGGGAACUGUUCUCGGUUUGACAAGUGUCUCUUUCCUUGCUGUUGUGGGCGUGGUGCUUCUUGCAUGGCCUUAUGCUUUAUCGAUAUUUCGAAUAAAGUGAUUGUAAUAAUGAGGGCAACACGUAGACAUGGUGUGUGUGUGUGUGUGUGUGCGGAUUGUUUAAAGCUGUUAGUGGCGUUAAGUUGCAUGGACAUGGCCCUUGUCCAUAAAUUACGUGUUGCGUUUUGUGCACUCGCGGGCGCGCUUGCUCUUGGCCUGCGUGAUGUGGAGCUGCUUUGUGCAGCUUUCCCCCGCUUUAUGCGAAGUAAACAUCAUCUGCAAAGGUAGCCGGUCU